AUGGACAAGUAUCAAAAUAUCCAACAAAAAGUCUGUCUUGUAGUUAUUGAUGGAUGGGGCCUUUCCGAUGAAAAACAUGGGAAUGCAAUUGCUAAAGCUAACACGCCUAUUAUGGACAAACUUUGUUCUGGAAAUUGGCAAAAAUUGGAAGCACACGGUCUUCAUGUUGGAUUGCCAGAAGGCUUAAUGGGGAAUUCUGAAGUUGGACAUUUGAAUAUUGGAGCUGGAAGAGUUAUUUAUCAAGAUAUUGUUCGAAUUAAUCUGGCUGUUCAACGAAACGAGUUUGUCACAAAUCCUCAGAUUGUUGCAUCAGCUGAGCGUGCAAAGAAGGGGAGUGGUCGAUUGCAUUUAUUAGGACUGGUUAGCGAUGGUGGUGUGCACUCUCAUAUUGACCAUCUUUUUGCAUUGAUACGUGCAUUUAAACAAUUACAAGUGCCAAAGGUUUUUAUUCACUUUUUUGCUGAUGGUCGAGAUACGUCGCCAACAAGUGGAGCUGGUUAUCUUGAACAACUUCUUCAAUUUAUCUCUUCGGAAAAGUAUGGAGAAUUGGCUACUAUUACUGGGCGUUAUUAUGCAAUGGAUAGGGACAAAAGAUGGGAGCAUGGCUUAUGA